AUGAGUUUCCCAAAACGCAAACAAACGGGAACUUUAUAUCCUUGGUCCCAAAGGAAACUCUCAAUUUCUAAUCCAUUUCCUCGUUAUGGUCAUUCUGCAAGUCAAAAUGCCAUAAGUAAUGAACUUUUUUUGUUUGGUGGAAUCGCUAGGGGAAAACUUAGAAACGAAGUUUUUACCGUAGAAUUUAAUACUCUUAACGUUCUUGCCUUCGUUACUUCGGGUGAAGUACCUUCGCCACGAAGUGGUCAUACUCAAGUAAACUUUGGAACAAAUAUAAUUGUUUUCGGAGGAAUAACCAAUGAAUUGACGAAUAAAUCCGAUGAAAAUUUGUAUAUCCUUGACACCGCAUCAAAGGUAUGGAGCGUUUCCGAACAUGAAAAUCCUCCAUUAUCACGUCAUGGACACUCGGCGACCAUUAUCGGAGGAAAAAUGUAUAUCUUUGGUGGCCAACGUGAAGGAAAAUACUUGAACGAUUUAAUUUCUUUUGACAUAAAAUCUCGACAAUGGGAUGUUAUUAUCCCACGUGAUCAAUCCCCACACGGUCGUUCCGGACAUAUUUCAUAUGCAUAUAAAGAAAAAUUUUACAUAUUUGGUGGAAUCGAUGAAAAACAAUGCUAUAAUGAUACAUGGUGUUAUGACACUUGGAACAACACAUGGACAGAAUUAUUAUGUACCGGAUAUUUUCCACUCCCACGUCAUGAUCAUGGUUCCACCAUGGUUAAUGAUAUAAUAUAUAUUUUUGGUGGUAAAACUUAUGAGAAAAAAGAACAAGGCGAUUUGGCUGUACUUGGUGGUGAGUCUAUAAGCUCACCUAAACCUGAUGAAGAAGGAAUAAUACACGUACUCGAUACAUCAAAGAUAAAAUACCCAUCGGUAUCACAACAGGCGAUUCCGCAGCAAAUACAACAGGGAUCGCAAAGAAAACAAAAUUUUCCACAAGCUCAAAAAUUAUCGCCUAAAGAACUUGCUCCAAAUCUAAUUGAUAAUAAUGGAAGUAUGCGACUGAAGCAUAUAUUUCCCACAUCAAGACAAAGUUCAAUUUCAAAUUCACGUAGUGAAGAUGAACAACCUUCUCGUUCAAUAAGUCCUUAUGGUUCUCCGCGGAUGCCACCAGAAAACACGGGAGGAGGAAUGAAUUCUUCAAUACCUCCUGGUCACAUUCCUUUACAGCAACAGCAAUUACAACAACAAAUUCCAACAAGGAGAAGCCCGCAGCCUCAUUAUCAAAAUACGUUACUAACUCAACAAGGAUAUCCAAAAAGUCCCGCACUUCAGGAAACACCGUCUCCAAGAGGAAUGUCCGCUUAUGACGUUAACGCAAUUGCAAUGUCAAAUUCAAAGGGAAACCCUCCCGAACAGAUAAUUUAUAUGGAACGUUCAACUUCGCCCCAAUCACGUUCACAAUACGGAAACGCUGAAAGUCUUCGAAAGAAAACGCCUUCCCCACUUGCUAAUGUGAUCGAUGAAAUCCCAAAUCAACAACAAAAUAAUGAUAAUAAUCUUCAGAAACAAGGAGGUGCCAAGAAGCAAUUUGAAAACCCACGUCAAGCUCCUCGACCUCCUAACCCAAAUAUGAAUAACGUGGAUAAUCAAAGUAAAUCGGCACCAUAUAGCGGUUUGUCGAGCGAUAAAGGAAAUAAUACCGGAGGGUUGUCAUCACCAGCGUCCAUAAACGUUAAUACGAUGCCUCCAAGUCCGAUGUCUUAUGAAGAAGGGAAUUCUUUGUCGUCAACCAUCACGAAUAGUCCCUUUGAAGUCUCCGAUACCGUUGAUCAUUCUCCGGCACGAAUCGAACGUGACGAUUUGAUGCGCGAAUUACAACAGCGCGAUCAAAUUUUAGCUGCGUUUAAAAGGCGUGAAAUGUGGUUUAGAACUGAAUUGACUUUAGCUAGAAAAUCCGGGUAUACCCCGGAAAUAAUGAAAUCAAAAGUGCUUGUAGCAAAUCAAGCUCAAAUUUCAUCUCAAAAAAUUACAGAAUCCGAACGAGCGCGUACUGCUGCAUUACAAGAAGCAGCAUAUUUCAAAGCAAAAUUGACAGCUAUAAUGAAUUCAUCAGAAUCAAAGUUAGCAAGCAUUGAAGUAAAGCGUGCUAAAGAUCUUGAAAAACGUUUAACGCAAGCAUUAACUGAGAAAGAAGGUAUACAGAAUAAAUACACGCAAUCACAGCAGAGGUUAAAUUAUGAAACCGCUAUCAGGCAAUCAGCUGAGGAACAAACGAAAGUCGCUACAAUUCGUGCUGAAGAAGCCGAAGAAGCCCAUGCACGUGCUUUAUCAGAUCUCGCAACUCUACAUUCUCGUGCUACCACAGCCGAAACUUUACUAAGAGAGACGAGAACGAAAUUAACUGAAACCUCAGCAGAUUUAACGCAAUACCGUUCAGGAAAUGAUAGCAUUCUGUCACAAUUAAAUAAAUCUCAGCAGUCCGUCGAACAACAUCAACGAGCGCUUGAAAAAGCAAAUAACGCUCUUAAAGUCGCUAAUGAAAGAGCGAAUGAAUUUGAAAAGUUAUGGAAACAGUCAUUGCAAGAAAUUCAGAUAUUAGAAAAAGAAGCCGCGAGUCUGCGCGCUGAACUUGAUGUUAAAAUGAAAGAUUUAGAUCGUUCAAAAGCAAGAGCCAUUGACAUGGAAAGGUUACUAGAUAAAGCGCACAAAGAAAACGAUACGAUGAGAGCAACCAUACAAGAAGGGAUGAUCAAUUUAUUGGAUAAUUCCUCAAAAUCGAAUUCAGACAUAAGUGAUUACGUAAAUGUUACGGAUAAACUUCAACUUGUUGAACAAGAACUUUCCGAACUUAAAAUAAUACAUGCUGAGACACAGAGGUUUGCUAAUGAUGCCUCAACCGAGUUAUCGGAUGCCAAGGUUAAAAUUAUGCAAUUAGAAUCGUCCGCCAUGAAAGCUCGUUCAGAAUCUGCGCAAUUACAACGUAGGUUGGGAGAAAGCAAUGAUGAAAUUAUGAAGAUAAAGGUGCGUUUAAGGGAGAAAGAACGAAUCUUGGACGAAAAGGCUCUUGCUCUUGAAGAUUCUGAAAUUAAAGCUGGAAUGAUGCGUGAUGUCAUGACCGAAAGAGGAAUAUUAUUCGGUAACCUAUCAGGAAGUCAACAAGAGUCAACGCCAAUGCAAUUUAGAGAAAUAGAAGCACGUUGCAAGGAAUUAGAGAAUAUGCACGCUAAAGCACAAGCAGAACUUGCAAAAUAUAAGAAUGCAUUACAUAAAGCCAAUGAUGCAGAACGAGGGUCAAAGAGCUUAACAUCGAACAUUUUAAGUACUUUAGCAUUAGAGGAUAAAUUGAGAGUUACCGAGAAGCAGUUAAAUGAGACUCAACGACAGCUUGACGUCGCUAGGCAAAAAUUGAAACAAUUAGAUACGGAUUAUAAGACCGCCACGCAUUACGUUAAAGGAACCGAAAAAAUGUUGAGGAGAAUGAAAGAUGAAUUAACAAAGAAUAAAUCAGAAAGUUCAAAGUUAAAGCAACAAUUAUCAACCGCACAACAUCAAAAUGAAGAUUUAGAAGAUAAAAUUACUGAACUUGAGAACCAAAUGUCACUACAAAAUGGUUAUCGUGCUUCAAGGCAAGAAUUUGCAAAUAUUAAACAAAUAAUUAUACAACGCGAAGAAUUUUUAAAGGAAAAGGAAGAGAUGGAAAAAAAGAUUUCCGAAUUAAGUAAACAAGUUGAACAUGCUAACGAGGAGAAAUCUAUGUCUGAUCAAUCGUAUGAAGCCUUGAAAAAGGAAUAUGAUCACAUACGUAAAGAGUAUAAAUUUUUACGUCAAACUGGUGAUUCACUAAAAGAACAAUUCUCCAGAGCCAGUAAAGAAGUUAAAGUGCUGAAAGAUGAAUUAGAAGAAACUUUAUCACUAAAUGAACUUUUAAAUCAACAACUUGAUGAAGCUUUAAAAAAUAAUGGUCACAUAAAUGAAAAACGAUUUUCCGCAAUAAAUCGUGAACACCUUGUGAAUGAACAACACAAAUGGAAGGCACAGAAAGAAUACUUUGAACAACAAAUCAAUCAACUUCAAAAUGACAAUGUUGAAUUAGGCAAUAAGUUACAUUAUUCAGAAAACAAAAUAACUUUGCUAUUAGAUCAAGUGGGAACGUCAGUUGAAAUGAAAGAAAGUCAGAGAGAUUCAGGAAUAAUAAACGCUUUAACAGAUGAAUUAGAUGUUCUAAAAUCACAAUAUAAAAUUUCGGAUAACGAAACUAAUAAUAUGAGUGAUUUAUAUAAGGCUUCACAAUUAGAAAGGUUUGAUGAAAUAAUGGCAACUUUGGACGCAGUACAGAAAGCUUCUGCCGAAAGGAGUGAAAUUAAUAACUAA